AUGGACCCAGAUCCAUCCUCCCCAGCUUCGCUUCUGCGGAUCCAUGUCAGCAUUUGCGGGCUACUUACAGUCAUGCCUUCACAGAAAAAAUAUGCUCUUCAGCUUAUUUCACAAGUUGGUCUUGCAGCAGCUAAGCCAAUUUCUACUCCUAUUGAACUGAAUCAAAAAAUAACCACUAUUAAUUAUGACAAAUAUGUAAAGGUUACAGGAGAUGAAGAAUUGCUAGAUGUUGAUAAUCACCAAAAGCUCAUUGGCAAGCUCCUUUACUUGACCACUACCAGGCCUAACAUUUGUUUUACUUUCCAGAAACAACAAGUUGUUAGUCAAAGUUCAGCUGAAGCUGAGUAUCGAAGUCUUGCAGCAGCAUCACCAGAAAUUAUUUGGUUUCUGGGAUUGCUUAAGGAGUUCCAGGUUACCGUUCAUGAGCCAGUUGUUUUGUAUUGUGAUAGCAAAGUUGUCUUGUAG